AUGCCGCGAUCAUUACAUGUCGGAACUCCCCCAACCCACUCCUCCAUCAAAAGACAGCGGUCUCGGGAGAGUGAAACCGGUUCGUCUUUGUCUGGCAAAGCCUCUUCAAAUGGGGCUUCUGUCGACUCUGCAAACCACGAUGACGUGGCAAAAACCAUCACUGUGAAGAUCCCUUCUUACUUGAACAAAACUCCGUCAGACAUCGCGGCCGCAUUUAGUGACCUUGAAUGGACACAAAGAUAUCGUCUCACACAUGCAAUUCAACAUCCCCAAUCGUCCCCUUAUCGGGUUGAUCGAUCGGCCAAGGUAAUAGCCCGUAAUCGUUACGCCAAUGUAUCAGCCUGGGAAUUAUCUAGAGUUCGUCUGAAGAAACCCAUUGGAGGAUCGGAUUAUGUGAAUGCCUCCCCUAUAACACUCCCGACCCGUGGUUCAGAGCCUAGCUCCAAAAAUGCAUCAAGCUCUUCGCUAUCACAAAAAGCCUCACAGAGCGGUCUGGCAAAAUACAUUGCCACCCAGGGUCCGAAGGAAGGUCAAUAUUCUCCAUUCUGGCACAUGGUAAUGCAAGAGACUCCCGGAGAUGUAGGUGUGAUCAUUAUGCUCACACAGUUGUAUGAGGGCAACCGAGAGAAAUGUGCCGCCUACUACCCUAUUGAUUCAGAUCAUCCGACCAUAAUAUUACCAACAGACAAGGACAAUGCUGAUGAAGAAAGUGAUGAGGACCCUGAUGAUGGUGACCCUUUCCUGGACUCCCCUCCGUUGAGCGCCGUUGCUGAUAGUCCUCAAACAGACUCGGAAGCCGACAAGGAUUCACCAGAAGCCGGAAAUUCUGACGAAGAGGAAACUGGGGCUGGAACUGUUACCCUGAUAUCAUCUACCUAUGAUCCAAAACUCAAAUCUGAAGUUCGAAAAUUGAGAUUAACUAUUGGCGAUGAAACGAAGGAGAUCUACCAUUAUCUUUACAAUGGUUGGCCCGACUUCGGCAAACCAGAAGCAGAUGAUCGUUUGGCUCUGCUCGAGCUCAUCAAGGUCUCGCGGACCAUUGCUGAUGGGGCGCCGAGAGUAGUCCAUUGCUCAGCGGGCGUCGGACGAACAGGCACCUGGAUUGCACUGGACUACCUUCUCCAAGAACUGGAAGCAGGACGGUUGCUUGAAAGUGCACCACGUUCAAACAACGUCGAAUCCUCGACCAAAUCGAAAUCUGCCACUACACAUAAAACAUGGGGUCGGAGUGGUCCCUCGAAACCCAGCACACCCGAUCCACAGGAAGAUGAGGAUGUCGUUUUCGAAACGGUCAACUCCUUGCGCGAUCAGCGGAUGAUGAUGGUCAUGAACACAAUCCAGUAUGCCUUUCUCUACGAGGUGUUGAGGGAUGCUUUCAUUGAGAAGUACGCCGAAAAGGAGACCGGGCCCAUUAUUAUUGAGGUUCAAGAGCCGAGUCCUAAGAUUGCCAGGAAGCGAAGUCCGUUUGGUGGCAUGUUCGGACGUGACGGAAAACAUCGUCAUGAGGAUGACACAGUUUCGGAAGCAGAGACGGAGAUCAUGGAGCGCGAGAAAAUGGCCGCCACUGCUGCUGAUUCAGAGGUAGAGACUCCUAUCUUUGGCGAUAUGGAUGACCCAUACUCGGCUGUUGCACCCGACACGAUUCGACACGGAAUGGACCUGACGAGUCAGGAUGCUGCCGAUGAUCAUGAAGCGAAAUGA